AUGGGCCCAGCACGCUUCCACUGCGCCACGCUGCUUCCCGGCGGACAGUCUGUCCUUCGCGUAGACGAAUCCCAUAGAUCGUUCGCUACAUCAAUCCCACAGAUCGUUCGCAACCAUCAUAUAACCAUGUACAUAUUUCCAACAUGGUCGUCUUCGAAUUAUAAUAGGAGUCCGGUGAUUUUUAAUAUUGACCUGGUGAACAAUCACAGAUUCCGACAGGAGAAGGGAGAUUCGAAGUGCGAAGAUGGAAUGGAAAUCACAUUCAAACACAACACAUAUUUGGUCGACGGUAUUCCUGCCUGGGGAGCGGCAGCAUGGCUUCAACACACGACGGACUGGCGCGGCUUAUGCAGACACAAGCAAAUCUGGUGUUACACGUACUUCGUGGAGAAUCGACUCAUCAAAAUCGCUGAAGAGCUGAUUCGAAACAAAGACGUCAACUACAAAAAGCUUCUUCGGAUUGAAUGCAAUAAUAUGGUCGACGUCUUGAAGAGGAAUCAAAUUCACGGCAAAAUUCAAGUCGAAUACUGUGCAAAAGGCUUUAUCGUACUGUUGGAAAAAGUAUUGGCAAUCGAAGGAGAUUUCGAGCUCAGCGACUAUUGCGCAUUUCUGCAACUCGAUUUGGACAGACACUACUAUGGUUUGCGCAAAUUGCUCAACUGCCCGAAGAUCAAACAGCCAUGCUUGUAUGAGGAGCUCUUGAUAAAAGCGGAGCAGUUUUUGAAAGAUAACCGUGAAAAAAUCGAAGAAAAGCGGGCACUAGUUGCGAUGAAUCCGGAAAAACAGAAGGAGCGCCUGGAGUUGUUCGAGUCAUUUCGAGAAGACCCUUACGAAUUACUCAGAAACAUUCCGGAAACAAUAAAGUUCCAAGAAGAUGACAAUGCUCAAUUAAAGAAAAUCAAAAUGGAAGAGCAACAAAAGAAUGAACCGAAAGUAGAGGGAAAGGAAGAAAAGCAAGGAGUCAAUGAGCAGUGA